UUUGCUUUCAUCGUCCAUGAGCUCAUAAUGCACCACAAACAUACUUAAACCCAGCUGUUAACGGAUUGUUAGAUAUAAUCAAAGGAAAGAUUAUGGCUUCAGAAACGAUGGAACUGAAUGGAGAUGCUUUCGUAGGUGAAUCAGGAGAGCGUCCUCGACAGAACCGCUGGUCCAGGAACUCCCCAAUUAACAUGAACCAUUACGCCAAUAAGAAAAGUGCAGCAGAGAGCAUGCUGGAUAUCGCGUUGUUGAUGGCCAACGCUUCCCAGCUGAAGACCAUUCUGGAGGUGGGACCCACGUUCACCUUAUAUGUUCCUCUCAUCAGCCUCAUCAGCAUCUCCCUCAUCCUACAGAUCAUCGUGGGGGUCUUGCUUAUCUUCAUAGUGAAGUGGAAUCUGAAUGACACGAGUAAACACUAUAUACUGAAUCUUCUGGAGAACAUCGUCACAGCUCUCGUCUUUAUCAUUGUAGUAGUAAAUAUUUUCAUCACAGCAUUUGGCAUCCAACGACCGGAGGACACGAAAUCUUAACUGGCAACUCCAGUUUGGGGUUUCCUACAGGUAUAUAUAGCUGGACGUUUAUUAUUGAACAUCACAAGAAGUUCUUUUCAUCACAUAUUCAUAUGUGCCUCUAUGUAAAUAUGCUUUAUUGUUUUGCAAAGAACUUUUUUGGUCCCAAAAAUGAGGUAAUAACAGCCUAUUGUGGAUUCUGAUUAAAUUUGAAGCUAAAUUUAAUUUAAAAGAUGAACUUACAUGUAAUUGUUAGAUGGGUAUUUAACACUGUUAAAUUGCAUUAAAUGUCAAAUUGGAUCAAAUGUUAAUGACAAAUACCUGUCAAGCCUGAAAUGGACCAAUAGGAAAGCAGCACCUCACCUCACAUGGGACCUUCAUACUGCCUACCUGAACGCCUCUAAUUACUGUAUCAGCUGUCUGAACGGGAAAAAAAUGGACUCAUUUUACAUGUGGUUUAACACAAUGCAGCUCUUGCACAUGGCAUGUUUGUGUUUUUUACUUAAAGGACAUAUUUAAAGAUGUUGCUGUAUGAAGGAUAAAUUGCUUAUUAAGCCUGAGAACAGUUUGAGCUGAUUAUGACUCUAUGAAGAGUGUUUAAAUCAGCACUUUAACAAAAAGGAUCCUUUCUUACGAAAUUCAGUACUUUUACAAAACAUGAAUACUAAAUCUGACUUGGCAUAGUGAUACAUCAUAAACAUAGCACACCUUUUCUUGUAUUAAUUGGCCAAAAACAUCAUGAAUUGAUUUUUUAGUUUUUUUUUUUUUUUUUUAAGUACAAGAAUUUGCAAUUGAUACAGUAAAAACACUGAUAAAAGAGCGCCAUCUACUGAUUAUGAGCUACGCUACAGAAAAUGAAGGAUACUGCUUUUUUCUUUAGAAUAUAAAGUUGUUUAGUGUUUUGAUAUUUGUUGUGAUUAAUUACUAUUCAUAUGUUGAAGUUUUUGUACAUUUUAUAUGGAUAUCUUUUGUAAUGACCAAAGAUUUCCUUUGUUUUUCAGUUUUAGAGAACAGUAUUAGUAAACGAAAAGCAAAUGAUUAAAAAUAAAUGCAUUUAGUUAUUAUGUCAGUGCAAAGGUAAAUAGUAGACCUACUUACAGUUGUCUUUACAUUCAAUAUUGCACACUGGUCUUCUUCAAUCCUAAAGUUGCUGCAUUUAAGGACAAAACAAUUAUUCUGACACCAAUAAAAUUAUUUUUCACCAAUCGUUUUUUGCUGAAAAAAA